UUGGUUUGAGUAUGUACACUAGUAUUUUUAUCUUCUUUCCAUAACAUUUGUAUGGCUUCUCUAGUUUCCUCAUCCACCUUCAUCACUCUUCCAAAACCACUACGUCUUACCCAAAGGACCCAUUUCUCGCCGCCGUCAGCCACCCUUUCCUCCGCUCCGCCGGUGGAGGCGCCUCUUGAUCAGAAAUACGGACGUAAAGGCAUCAAAUUUACUGAUAAUGGAGAUGAGGUCGAGCUUACUGUCAGAAAUGGGAGCUCACUCAAGGUCCGAAUAGCCGAUGCCCAUGUGGUUUCUUACAAACCCAAAGUAUAUUGGAAAGAUGACGGCUUUGAGGAGGUUCUUUACACUCUUGAUUCACCGGAGGCCAAAAGCAGAGGUGGGAUUGGUUUGAUCGUCAACCAAGUCUCUUCUGAACCAAUCAAAACCCCCUCUUCUUCAGAUUGGACUGUCAAGGAUGUUGAUUCUGACGCUAUUGAUGCUUUGCAGGUUGAACUGGGUUGUACAAAGGGAAGCCUUGAGAUGAGUUAUGUAGUGUCUCUUUAUCCUCUAAGCAUGGCGUCAGCAGUUAUAGUGAAGAACAAUGGGGUUAAAGCUGUCAGUCUGACAACUGCGAUUCUUAGUCAUUAUAGAUUCAAGAAGAGAGGAGGGACUGCAAUUCAAGGACUUAAAGGCUGUUCUUAUUGCUCUCAUCCGCCUUUAUCUUCUCCAUUUGAAAUUUUAUCUCCAUUUGAAGCCAUGAAAACAGAGGAUCCAUCUUGGUUUUCAUUUGGAUGGGAGCCUGAGAAAAAACAAGGGGAAUGGAGUAUUCAAGAUGUGCCAAUUACCAUUUUGAAGAAUAAACUCAGUAGGUUAUAUGGAUCUCCACCAGAUGAAAGAAGAAAUCUGUUUCAUAACUCUGCUGCACCUUCAAAAUAUGAGACAAUUGAUCAGGGUCGAGAACUGUUCUUUAGAAUGAUAAGGAUUGGAUUUGACGAGAUAUAUGUGUCAAGCCCCGGUUCGUUCGCUGAGAAAUAUGGUAAAGACUAUUUCAUUUGCUCUGGACCCGCUUCUAUGAUGGUUCCUAUUGAACUCAAACCUGGUGAAGAAUGGAAGGGAGCACAAAUUAUUCAACAUGAUAACUUGUAAAUUUAUCAUUUGUCAUUUCCUGUUUUCUUUGUAUCAAUCGAGCUCACUGUAUCUAUUCAUUCAUGGAUCAAAUUAUAUAUAUAUAUAUGGGAAUAAAAAUGGAAGUGCCUUAAUCUCAA